AUGUCUGCAGCACACAGCGGUCUCCCCUCUCCUCAGGCCCCGGACAGCAGAGUCCCUUCAGCCCUGGAGCUGCCCCAGCGUUUGGAGCAGAGCCCGAGGGAGGCCCCGGUGAGCCUGGGGGAGAAGGGGCUGCACCUGCUGAGCAGCACGGCCGCAGUGCAGACCCUGGCCAGUGUCAUCCGGCCUUGCUACGGCCCGCAUGGCCGGCAGAAGCUGCUGGUGACCACUAAGGGAGAAACAGUGUGCACAGGGCAUGCCGCUGCCAUCCUCAGGGCCCUGGAGCUGGAGCACCCGGCGGCCUGGUUCCUCCGGGAAGCAGCCCAAACCCAGGCAGAGAACAGUGGGGAUGGCACGUCCUUCGUGGUCCUUCUGACGGGAGCCUUGCUGGAGCAGGCAGAGCACCUGCUGAAGGCCGGCCUGCCUCGCCCCCAGCUCCGGGAGGCCUACGCCACAGCCACCGCGGAGGUCCUGACCACACUGCCCACCCUGGCGAUCCGCUCUCUGGGUCCCUUGGAAGAUCCAUCCUGGGCCCUCUAUUCUGUGAUGAACACCCACGCCCUGUCCCACACGGACUACCUGACCAAGCUGGUGGCCCACGCAUGCUGGGCUACCAGGGAGCCGGACGGCGGCUUCCGGGCUGAGCAAGUCGGGGUGUGCACACUGCCAGGAGGGACGCUGGGGGACUCCUGCCUCCUUCCGGGCUUGGCGAUGUCUGGGAAGCUCUGUGGGCAAACGACCGCCGUGUCAAGUGGGGCCAGGGUGGCUCUCUUUGCUUGUCCCUUUGGUCCUGCCAGUUCAAAUGCACCGGCAACCGCCCGUCUCUCUAGUCCUGCCGAUCUGGCUAAAUUUAGGAAAGGAAGCGAACAGUUAAUAGAAAAGCAAGUAGCCCAGCUGGCAGCCAUGGAAAUUAACGUGGCGGUGGUAUGGGGGGAAAUCGAUGAGAAGACCCUCACCCUGGCGGAUGAGCACUGCAUCAUGGUGAUUGAGGCCCGGUCCCGGGCGCAGAUGGCUUACCUCAGCAAGGUGUUCGGCACACCUCUGCUGCUUCGUCUGCUCCCUCCCCAGAGGCCAGGGAGGUGCCAGAGGGUUUACAGACAGGAGCUGGGAGAAGAUUUGGCUGUGGUAUUUGAGUGGGAAGGCACAGGCACACCUGCCCUCACCGUGGUCCUCAGGGGAGCCACUGCGCAGGGGCUGCGGGGCGCAGAGCAGGCUGUCUACCACGGCAUCGACGCCUACUUCCAGCUGUGUCAAGAUCCCAGACUGAUUCCGGGAGCAGGGGCCACGGAGAUGGCUCUGGCGAAAAUGCUGUCGGACAAAGGAAGCAAACUGGAAGGGCCCAGUGGUCCUGCGUUCCUAGCGUUUGCCCGGGCCCUGAGGGCUCUUCCUGAAACCUUGGCAGAGAAUGCAGGCUUAGUUGUCUGCGAUGUGAUGGCGGAAUUGAGUGGAGUUCAUCAAGUCGGGAACUUCCUCGUUGGAGUGGGAGCCGAAGGGAUAAUAAACGUGGCCCAGGAUGGGGUGUGGGACACCCUAACGGCCAAAGCCCAAGCGCUCAGAGCAGUAGCUGAGGUGGUGCUGCAGCUCGUGGCUGUAGAUGAAAUUGUAGUGGCCAAGAAAAGUCCCACACAUCCGCAGGUCUUGCCUCCUGACUCUAAGAAGACGAAACGUCCACCUCCUAUGAAGAAAAAAAAAUCCUUGGAAUGA